AUGUUAUCAGUUCUGAUUUUUGACCAGGUCGAACGAAUGGUGCAACAGGUGGUUCUACAGUGGAUUGCAGCCAAGUACGGAACGGAUGCUAGGAAAAUAAUGGCGCUUCUUUUCGAGGGAAAUUACUUAGAGCCGAAGAAUGUAGCGAAGAAGUGCGUGAUGGACGAGAAGGAUGCCAACCAAAUUCUGUAUCGUUUGAUGAACGAUGGACUUGCUUCGUUUCAAGACAUGACCCCUGCUGGAAAUUUCUUCCCAUAUUACUGCACGUACUUGUUCAACUGUAAUAAGGUGAAAGUUAUUCAGCACGCCCGAAAAGCCGCACUCAAUGCCCAAAAUAAGUUAACGUUGCGACGCCGGCUAGAAUUUGACAAGGUGAAGGAUCUGAUUAAAAAGAAGAAAACUAUUGAGGAUUACAAGGCAGCUCAUCCAGAAGAGAAUUUGGAAGACGCGCUCUUGCCGCGAGAGGAGCGUGAAGUAGAAAGCUACCACAGAAUGGAAGAAAUGCUUCUUCAAAGACUUAACUCGCUUGAGCAGCAAAUCAUCUUGAGCGAGGCGUAUAUCGCAAUGAAACGAAAAAAGCUAAAGGAAGAAUGCAGCACAAAGGGAUGGGAUCCUGUUCACAAAUUGGCCGCGAAAAAGAAAAAAGCUGCGUAA